CUUCUCUCCUCCUCCUCCUCCUCCUGUCCUCUCCUCCUUCUCCUGCUGCUGCCCCUGCCCCUCCUCCUGCUGCCCCUGCCCCUCCUGCUCCGCUCCGCUCGGCCGGGCAAGGUUCGGCCGCUGGGCGCCGGGGGCAGCCCGGGGGCGGUGCCGCCCCCCUGCAGCCGUGGGCCCCGCCGGGCUCCCAGCCCCGCUCAGGCCGUGAGGGCCGCACGGCCUCCCCCUGCCUCUGCCGCAAAUAACACCGACUAACACCUCCCUUUCCCCUUUGCCGUCUGCAAGAAGGUGAUGAUGGCCUUGGGGACGCUCCUGAGGAAGCCACCGCUGCCGCCGGGCAGUUGUAGAUCCUUCUGGGGAUGGCUGAAUGCUGUGUUCAACAAGGUGGAUCACGAGCGCAUCCGCGCCGUGGGCCCGGACCGGGCGGCCUCGGAGUGGCUGCUGCGCUGCGGGGCCCUGGUGCGCUACCAGGGCUCGCCCAAGUGGCAGCAGGACUACAACGCGCUGCCCACCGGGCCCCUGGGCAGGUACCGCAUCGAGGCCAUCAGCGCCACCGACUCCUGCAUCAUGUACAGAGGAUUUGACUACCUGGAUGGCCUGGAGCACGUCAGGGACAUCAAGCUGGAGAAGUGCAUGUACAUCCAGGACCAGUGUCUGCAGAGGCUCGGCGAGACCAGCACCCUCCAGAAGAGUCUGCAGCAGCUGAAGAUCAUCUCCUGUGGCAACGUCACCGACACGGGAAUCCUGGCCCUGCACAGGCUGGCGAACCUGAAAUAUUUGUAUCUGAGUGACCUUCCUGGGAUCAGAGAGAAAGAAAAAACCGUCCGUGUCCUUCAGCAGGCACUGCCCAAGCUGGAGGUGGAGCUGGAUUUGGAAUAAACACAGCAGCACAUAACUGAGAUGUGUUCCCUAGGAUUUGUGUCAUUUUGCAUCAGUGAAGUUGUAGACACCACUGUGCUUCCAGUAAGUCCAGCUCUCCCAGUCCAGCCUUUUAAGAAAUCCUGCAAUUUUUAUUGAGCUUCAACUCAGUGGUGGAUCAACAGCAGACAGGGCAGGCCUCUGCACGUAGGCAUCUGUUUGCUGUUUUUGUAGGAAGCUCUGGAUACCUCAGUGGGAAGUUCUCAGUGUUUCAUUGCACAGGAGCAGAGUGGCCCUGGGGGAACGUCGGGGUGUGUGUGGUCAGUGCCUGGUGCUGGUGCUGCUCCUCUGGCAGAUCUCACCCAGUAGGUGGGUGCUGAUUAAUAAAGAGCUUCUGGGUCUUUUUUGUGUUCUUCA